GCGUGUUUGUGUGCAUCCCUUCCCUUCCCCGCCCCGCUUCUGACCGUGUUGUUAACUCCCCGAGUCAGGAUGGGCGGGGGAGAAAGUGAGCCCCGCUUCGACGUCUCCGAUUCGACGGGGUGCUUGCUUGUCAAGGAGCUGCUCCAAUGGGGGCUGCCCGUAGUGCCCAACCCCACCAUUCAGUAUUACUACUGAGCCCUGAGGAAGGGAGCGGGUGAGGCAGGCGGGCGCGCGCGCGCAGCAGUGAGGGAGGAAGAGCAGAAAGGCCGGUCAGUAUAAGCAGCCGCGACGCCGACGGGGGAGUCGGUCCAGGCGGCCCCUCGCGGGGAAGCGCGGCCUCCUCAGGCGCGGCCUCUGAGGGGAAGCCGGGGGAGGGCGGCGCGGCCCUCUGUCGAGGGAGAAGCGCCUCAACGGGCGGCGCUGGGCCUCCGUCUGCCCCCUUUCCCUCUUCCUCAGCAUCCCCCGCUUCUCCCCUUCAGGCCCGGCAGCCGCCUCGUGAGGAGUCCGCUCCGCCGCCGCCGCUUCCUCCGCCUCCUGCCCAUGUUCAGCGAACGCAGGUUGGCCGCCGCCCCUCCGUCGCCUGUGCCGCCGCCGCUGCCGCCUUUCCGCCGCCGCCGGGAGCCGCCGCCAUGGCUGACUUGGGGCAGGAGGUCGUCCACUUGGUGUGGGGCAAGAAGCCCGGCACGCAGGGCCUCGCCGACACCAUCUUCUGCCGGUGGGCACAAGGUACGUCCUGGCCUCCUGCCCCCCAUCGCUCCUCCUGAACCUCCCUCCCUCUUCGCACCUUCAUUCACUUUCACAUUCCCCUUUCACACCCCCUCCUUCCGCAUCCUGCACACACGUCUUCUUGCCUUUGGACCCCUGUGCUCUUUCCUUCUCCCCCUUUCCUCGUCAUGUGGGAAGCGUGAUGCCGUCCGUAGUGUCUGGCAUGGCAAGCGCUCCCAGCUGGCGCAGCCUUGAACUGCAUCAUGGCAGAGAGGUGGGUGGUUUGUGACUUGGGAGAAUAAGGGAUCUCCACCCUUCUUGCUCUUCUGCCCCCCCCCCUUUUUUUGCACUGUAAGUAGUGAGCUGAGAUAUAUUCUCUCCCCUUGAUACAUCUUCCUUUGCUUGUUAGUCCCCUGUUUUGAAAUGGGCAGGAAGGGACCCAAAUAUACCCAGUGGUGGCACAGUCAUCAUAAUAGCUGUUAAAAUGUGUCAUUUGCCUCCCCACUCCCACCCUAUGUAUGAGCUGGGGAUAUCUUUUGCACCAUAAGAUUGGCAAACCCCUUCUUCAGUCUUCAGUAUAUUUACUAUUGGGAAAGGGUGUACAGUGGUACCUCGGGUUAAGUACUUAAUUCAUUCCGCAGGUCCGCUCUUAACCUGAAACUGUUCUUAACCUGAAGCAUUACUUUAGCUAAUGGGGCCUCCCGCCACCCCGCGCCGCCAGAUCAUGAUUUCUGUUCUCAUCCUGAAGCAAAGUUAUUAACCCGAGGUACUAUUUCUGGAUUAGCGGAGUCUGUAACCUGAAGCAUAUGUAACCUAAAGCGUAUGUAACCCGAGGUACCACUGUAUUUGCUACCCAGUUAGGCCUGGGUGAUAUAUUGCCCCGGACCAAUAUGAGGAGCAGACCGUGAUGUCGGUUUCACUCAGCAGUAUAUCGCUGGUGAAACCGCCUCUGCUCCUGAGUCCCUCUGCUAGCAGCGUCCGCUGGAGGGAGUCAAGAGUUCCUAUAUCUCUGAGUGAAACCGCCAUCCCACUCUGCCCUCAUACGAUAGAGGGGGAGAAACAAGCUGUAUCGGUGAGGGACCAAUACAGUUUGUUCCUCCCUCUGCAUCUUUAAACUGCUCAACUGAGGAGUGUGCAACUGCCCUUGCCUCAGUUGAGCAGUUAAAGGAGCCCCCAGCCCGGCACUGGCUUCUGCAAGCGGGGUGGGGGCUCUGUGAAACUGCUCAGCUGAGGGGAGCACAGUUGCCACUCCCCACAGUGGGCAGUCAAAGGAGCCCCAAUGCUUCUCACGUGAGCCGUGAGAGCAUUGGGGCUGUCUCAGCUGGGGGGGGGGACCUCCCCACAGCUGAGCAGCACAAACAAGCCGCAUUGUCCUAGCCUGUGAGCCUGGGUGAAACUGCCUCAGCUCUCAAGGUGAAAGCUGGGGAAGUUUCACCCGGUGUCUCGUGGGUAGAAGCCAAUGCAUCUUGUUUUUUCAACAUCACAGUAUAUCGCCAAACUGCAAUGUUUGGCUGGCGAUACACCAUGAUGUCGAAAAGCUGAUAUCACCCAGCCCUAAACCCAAUAGGUGACAAGAUACAUCUGCUGCUGCUCCUUUGCCUGUGGUCAAGGACAAACUAGUAAUUUUCUCCCAGCUGUGUUGUAAACAGUGCUACUAUGUUCAGCACAGUUUUAUUGCUAUUUGUAAUAACUAUCCUACAUGGUUGGGUAACAUUGGUGCUAUUCCAUCAUGUGUGUAAGUCAAGGGUCCUGGGUUUCCUUAAGACGGUCAUUCUAACCAUUAGUUGUUCUGAUAAAUAUCUGCCAUGUCGUAUUGCAUGUUAUGCUUUUGGUCUGGUUUCACAGAGCUGGAAAAUUGGUGCUCUUGCCCAAGAAUCUGAAAUACUUUUUGAUUGGUUAGCAAGGCUUUCUUCUAAGUACUGCAUGGGCUUGGGAUGUGAUAUCCUUUUAGUAUAAUUUCACAUUUACAGUCUAGAUUGCUGUGGAAUAUGUAGAAAAAGGUUUCAACAUUUCCUCUUCUCUAAGCUUGACUUUGGCUUACUCUAUGCAUAUAAUGAUGCAGCAUUGAUUGCAUUGAUAGCAAACACUGCUAUCAAUAGCUUGUCCAUGAAUAAUGAAUAUAAAAACCUUACAAGUUAUUGUGUUCUUUCUGUUUUGCUUUGGGAGAUUUUUUUUUGUAACCUAAAAGUUGGUGUGCUGUGAUCUUGGUAGAAAGAAAUUAUGGAUAUUGUCCAUACUACUGAUUCCCAAGAGGUUAAUAAAAGCUUUGAAUUGCUUAUUACAGCACUGGCAAUAGAAACAAUGAAGUGCAAAUAUUUAUCCAAUAAUAAUUACUGUGUUUGGGCAUGGCACCGAAAGCUCCCUCUAAAAAACAGCAUUUAGGAAUCAUCCAUGUAAUCUUUCUAGAAAAUUAACAUGGUCCUCAUUUUAAUUUCUCCGUAUUUUUCAUUUGACAAUAUUUUAUAAUGUCCUUUUAGAAGUGCCAUCCUGUAAUUGGAAAUUGCUAAAUUUUGUGGACACCACAAGAUGAUUUAGCCCUAUAGCCCAUUUAAAAUAGCUGCUGGUGCGACCUAGCCAGUAUAUGCUCAUGUAGAACUGAUAAAUGGAAAUGUAAACAUGUUAAAUGAAUUAAUUGGGCAGUAACAUGUGUAGUUACUCUUGUCUUUGCAGUAUACAUCGUCUCCACCCUUUCAAAUGUUGUACCCAGGUAACUAACUCCUUGGUAGAUCUACAAAAAAAGGCACCCCCUAAAGUUAUUGUUUCUGGGUUGACAAUAUCUUAGCCCAGGCUUCCUCACCCUCGGCCCUCCAGAUGUUUUUGGCCUACAACUCCCAUGACCCCUAGCUAGCAGGACCAGUGGCCAGGGAUGAUGGGAAUUGUAGUCUCAAAACAUCUGGAGGGACGAGGUUGAGGAAGCCUGUCUUAGCCCAUUCCAUCAUUUCCAUUAACUUGAACCUCAGAUGCAUGGCAAACCACUCUAAUGAAAUUAUUUGUUUUGCAAUAAAAGGUAAGUGAGGGAAGAGAACGAGAACAGUUAGUUGGAAGUUUGGCUUCUUGCAGCAAAAUGCUGCUGCUACGUGCUCUCCUCAGUGCAGUUCUGGCCACAGUUGAUGUUUCAUCAUCAAUAAAAUAUGCAUUUGUGGUUAUGACCAUGUUCAAAAUGUGUUGGUGUUAUAGAAAUGCUCCUGUUUGCUUCCAGUGGCCUACUUCAUACAUCACAUUAAAAAUAGAUUGUGGUUCAAUGUGAAUGAGCAAUGAGGUGGUAUAUGCUGCUCAUAGGUUCCUAAGGUGGUCCUCCUUCAAUCUUCCUGCUGCACCACAAAAAAAACAAGCCAAAAUUUGGCUUGUCAUAUUGUUCAAACCUGGGCUUGUGGUUUGUUCUUCUCAAGCCACACCACGAGGGUUAAACCAAGAACAAACCUUGAUUUCUGUUCCGGACUCCAGCUUGUUAUGUCUGUGGAGCAAUAGGAGCAGGAGCAGGAGAAGAACACCACAGGAACUUUGAGCAGUGUGCAGUAGCACUACAGCCUGUUUAAACUAUGGUUUAAUAUGAUAUGCAUUCUAGACCAAUGUGAUUUGUCCUUUAUUUUUCUACAACUGUUCUUUGUGUGUUGGCUGCUGAAACAAUAAUCACACAUUCUGUUGUCCCCUCUUGGGAACGGCUAUUUUCCUUUUAUUUCCUGUUUUACAUUCAGGUAGGUAGCCGUGUUGGUCUGACGCAGUCAAAAUAAAUAAUUUUUUUUAUAAAAAAAAAAAUUUAGUGUCCAGUAGCACCUUAGAGAGCAACUAAGUUUGUUCUGGGUAUAAGCUUUUGUGUGCAUGCAUACUUCUUCAGAUACCAGAUAUCUGAAGAAGUGUGCAUGCACACGAAAGCUUUGUAAAUUUAUUUUCCUGUUUUACAUAGAGAGGAGUGUUAUAAACGGGUGUUGCAUUGAUUGCAUUUCUGUGUGUGUGCAUGCUCAGUUAACAUUUUGGAGCUUAUAUGUGCUUGUAACUAUGUUACUUGUUAUUGUUAAGCUAUUACCUUAGGUUCUUUAGUUUGGCUGCUGCUGUCAGUGCUUUUAUAUUAAAGUCUGUUUGAUUGAGGGACCUGGCAGCUGGAUAUGUUGAUAAGAAAGGGAAGGGCAAGUAGUAUGUUCUGGCAGUUGUCUGUUUUAAGGAGCUAAUCACUGAAUUUGUUUUCAUGAGCAGAUUAGGGUUAUGUUAGAGCUCCAUGUUGCCUUCAGAAAAACACUGGCAACAGUGGACAGGAAAUCUCAUGGAUGAACAAUCCCAAAUCUCUGAAACGUGUUGACCAAAAAAAACGGAUGAAUCAUAAAGUUGUCUUGGCCUUCUCUUUUCUUCUUCUUUUUUUAAAAAGGUUCACUUUGACUGGCUGUACUGAAAUAAUUUGGUCAGAAGUGCAAGCUUGUUUGGUUAUAAUUUAAAAUAUUUGUGCCUAUAAUUGAAGGAUCAAUAAGAAAGAAAUGUAAGUUGAAGAAAUCCCAGCUAAGUAAUUAAUUUGAAGAAGAAUUUUCUUUUUGCAAAGGUUGGAUAAAAAACAUUUCAAUCACCACCCUGGUCCUUUUGUGUACAUAAUAAAUCACAUUCUCGUGUUCUCACUCAUGUAGACGGUGUGUGAACUUGAGUGACUGGGGGUAUAGUCAGCUGCAAUUUCUGUGUUUGCACAGGAUGGAAAAAUUGUUUUGUGAUAUAUGAGAAAGUUGUGUGACCUGCUAGAAGAUUUCUGGUAAGACAGGAUAAACACCUCUGUCACAAAUACAGUAUACGCUACAGUGUCUGUUAAAUAGAUGACUGUUGCCCAUCUGUUCUAUUGACUUGGUUAAUAUAUUUUAUUCUUCACUUCCUUCUCCCCUAAGUUGGAUUUUUCUGGUUUUGGUUCUAUUGCAGCUUUUCCCCACCCCCUUUCACCCCAGCAACUCGCUUAGACUGGAAUAGAAGCUUUCAAGCUUUACAGUGCCUUUGUGUUAAUAUAAGCUACAGUUAUUGUCAAGUCAGAAAACCUGGCCUUGUUUUGCUGUCCUAUUAUAUAACAAUUUUAGAGCUGCUGAGCUCAAUGCAAGUUUGUUCUAACAUCGUAUUGUGACUAUAAUCUUCAGUACUCACAUUCAAAAUAUUCCUCCUAAAUACGCUUUUUAAAAAGUUCAUAGAGUCCUUGGAAUUACAUGCGAGUCUUGCUUUUUAUGUUGACCUGCUUCAGAGAUGGACUGUACUUGUUUACCAUUUCCUACAGUAUCCUUGUAAAUGUUUGUGUCUUUGUAAAAAUACCCCCUUCACCCCUUAUAUUGACAUGGCAGAUGAAACUUGUAUCCAUUGUUUUUGGUUUGUUUCAUGGUUCCAUUUAGCUACUGGAAAAGCUAAGCAAAAGCGACAUAUUUGUACACUCUGUUCACUCCAAUACCUCGUUUGUGUCAAAGCAAUACACUGAUCUAGAUUGAAUAUGACCUAGAAAGUGCAUGGAGUUCAAUACAAAAUUGAGCAAAACUGCAGAGCACAGUUUUUGUGUGUGGCUGGAAUGUACUAUUGGGGAGUUAGGAUAUCUGUGUUCAGAUGGAAUUUAUUAUUUGUUGAACCCAGUUGAAGGUAGGCAUUUGACGAGACCAUGACUGUGUCCUCUCACCCACCCACCGGUAUAUGGACAUUACCAUGUAGGUUUCCACUCCCCCACCCCCAGUCAUUUAUUUAUACUUUGUCCCCAGGACUUUUUCUUAAAACAUUAAGAAAAAGAUUUUUUUUACAAUGUUGGAACCUGCUUAGGUUCUGGUUUAAGAAGAAAUGUAGUGAUAUAUAUGAAUAUAUGAAUGUGUAUGUGUGUGUAUAGAUAGAUAGAUAGAUAGAUACAAUAAAGGUAUGCCUGUCACUGCAGCACUUGUGUUGGAAUAAGGAUUUGAUGGCCUUUGCCAAGCCAGACUGAAUAACAUUUGCACAUUUCUAACAGAAGGUAGGAUAAGUUAGGAUAUAAACACUAGGAAAUGAUAAUUACCUACUACCACCCCGAAAAUUAGGCUGGGGUUAAUGCAGCUUCUUGAAAACAUCAGUACAAUGAAUUGAUACCGUUAAAAGAACUGAGCAGGGUUGUUUGAGUUUUAUUAGGCAGAGACAGAAUAUUGAAAGUAGAACUCAGUAGUUUGACUCUGACAAGCAAUAAGUAUGAAAGACUGUUCUAUUAAUGGACAUUUUUCUUUGGAAACAACUAACCCAUUAUUUUGGUUCCUCCUAUUAGGGUUUGUAUUUAGUGAAUCAGAAUCAACUGCAUUAGAACAAUUUGAAGGAGGCCCCUGCGCUGUGAUUGCACCCAUCCAGGUAAUACUAUAGAAGCUUGUGGAAACUAUGUAAAUUUGAAACAUACCUAUUUUUGCCUUCUGUCCUUUGGCUUAUGUGAAAACCUAAAGUAAACACUAUGACAAAUAUGUAUUGGUUGGGUUUACUUUAGGUGAUUAUUCUCUGUUGAAGCAGUACAGAUUGCACGUUACCAGUGCUGCUGUUUUGAGCCACUGUUGUCUGCAGCAUUAAUAUAAUACAUAAAAUCAACAUGCCUGCUUAAAUCAGUUGCAGAUAGAGAUCUGAGAACUAACCUGUUCCGUGAGUUCCUGCAGCUCUUAACUCUUGAUAAAGUUCAUUUUAUGUUUUAGGUAGGGGCAGAUAUCUAGUCCUCUAAAUUGGCCAUCAAAUGCUUCAAACAUUUGUAAGAUUUGGAGAGAAUGAUAUAAUUGCAUGAGAAAAUUUAUCAUGCUGUUAUAGUUAAGCAAUUUCUAAUCCUGUAGCUAUGUAAAUAAAAGUAAAUUGUACCUUUGCAUAGGGAAAAAGGCCUUCUGUAACUAGGAAUGUAUUCAAUUUUUUUAAAAAAGAAGUUAAACUGAUAUUGAAAAUGGAACACUUUGCACCACUGAAGAACAAAUCAUACAUAUCUGAUAUGUCAAUGUUAUCUUUAAUAUAAGGCAUUCCUUCUGAAGAAGCUUUUUACUUGUGAGAAAUCUACCUGGAGACAAUGUCAAGGUAACCAUAAACCUACCUCCACAAGAGGGUUUUGAUAUAGUACUUGCCAGCAAAUUUCACAGUGCUAAGCUAAAUUAUAGUUCACUAUUAUUCAUGAGCUAUUAGCAAUAUUCUUCUGCAGUAAUUUGAUGUUACAAUUAGUGUACAAAUGCAUUAUUUGCUGAUGAUUUUGAAAUAGAGAAUAUAGAAUUCAGCAUUACAAAAUUUAAGUGGGGCUCAAGAAAGUCCAAAUCCUUCAAAUGGAAUUGUCAUGUAAAUUAGGCAAGUGGCAGAAAUGUCACUUUAUAUUCUUUAUUCUUACUACACAGUUUGUCUUACUGUUUCUGCUGAACUUGUUUCUUUUAUCUUAGGACUGGAGAAGGUGGACUUAUCCUCAUUGAUCAUUGUAUUCAAUUGGGAUAAGUGGAGGCACUUGGAACUCUGAUGAAUAAAGAACCUUUGCCCAUUACCCUUGAUUUUCUAAGGCUUAGUAGAAAUUAAUUGUGUGUAUGUUUAGUUUCUCCCCUAGAAAAAACAGUGAACUGGAAUCUGCCAAAGUUGUCAAAUUAUAAAUGCAAAGAAAAACUGGUUCUUAAGGUUGAACUCAUUUGUAUUGUGAUCAUGACAUGAAUUGUAAACAGAUCUUUUCUGCUCCGCAUCAUGCCUCCCUUGUUCCAUUUUCGUACUCUUAUCCUCCCGUCCCUGCUGAAUUAAGUAGAAAAAUUGGACUGGUAGAUUAGAUGUCUAGGUAGCCUCAAGAUAUAGAUUUGACCUGGAAACCACCAGUUGCCAAUCCUUCUCCUAGCCUGCCUUAAAGCUGCCAGAGUUUAAGGAAAACCCUGAGUAGUAUGAACAUUGCCAGAUGUUUUGCAUGCAAGUUCAAUGUCAAAAUUUGUGUUUGUUCUGACUUUGAAUAUUUCAGAGGAAGAGCAGAAGAAUCUCCUCUGUCAUACCUUAAGUGAUAUUUUGGAACUGGCUUCCUCUGAUAAUUCAGAAUCAUACUGUUUGGUAACAUGGCGAAGAGGAAGGACUGCUGAAGAAACUGCUAGUAUUUCUGAGAGUUCUGCUGAGUCAAGCCACCAAGAGGACCAGCCUUGUAAGAUAUGCCUUGUGUAAUAUGAUUCUGAACACUGCUUUGGUUUUGUUAACAAGCUUUAUUUUGUUUUUAAGAAUGCUUUUUAUUGUAUACCAGAUCUCUUAUCCUGGCACUAGUAGUUCUUCAGUUGCAAAAAUUAAGCUCAAUACAGACUCAUUUAAGUCCCAUUGAUCUAAGGCAGGGUGGGCUAACCUGUGCAGCAUCCCCUCUGCUGAAGUCACUGAACUUGAUUCCCAUCGUUCCUGAUGAUUGGCCAUGUUGGUUCAGACUGAUGGGAGUUGUAGUUCAACAACAUCUGGGGAGUCACAGGUUAGCCACCCCUGAUCUAAGGACAUUGACAAACACUCAAGCCUAGUGUUGCAUCCCAUUUUAUGGUGCUAGGCAACCAUUAGCUAUUGAAUAUUAGGUUUAUAAUAUUUGGAUUAUAUAAACACAUUUUGACUUAAUAAAAUGGUGCCCCUAAUGAAUCAGGCAGCAGACUAUAUAGCAAUAUUUUUCUGAUACAAUAAUUUAGAAAUGCUGUAGGUGUGAGGCAUAAUAUUGAAGAGGCAUUCCUCUAUCUGCUUCAUGUGACACGUGCAUAACUUAGGAAUUUCAGAAGUAUUCAUAUGCAAAUUUUCAUCAGUUUAAUAUUUAUUAAGCAUAAGAUUGAUCGACUGAUCAAAUGUCAGUUCUAUUAAAUAUAUACUUAAUUGAAGAGGACCAGUGUGAGUGAUUUGGAAACGACUUUUCGCUGUUAAAUUUAUCUUACUACCCUUGUGUGUUCCAUAGUUACUUUGGGUUAUUUUAACACAUUUGUUUAGUUUCCACCUGCAGUCAAUUUAAUAUGAUAUCAUUAGGUCAUUCACAAUGGGCAGUCACUAGAGGAGAGUUGCUAUGAAGACUCUUGCAUGUGAUUAGUGUUCUGAUAUUCUUGUCAAAACAUUUUCUCUAAAUAAGUAAAUUUAUUCAUACCUGGGUCAUAAAAAUAAAAGGAGAAAUUGAACCUUCCCCCUCACAUAAAUACACUUUAUCAUCAUGUUAUUGCAGUUCAAAAUAUUCUUAUUUAAAAAGCUACUUUUAAAAAGAGAAUGCUGGAAAACCACUAUAAUUCUAUGACAUUCUGAAAAGUGCUAUUAUGGGUACCUUUUAGUAAAAGAGAACACCACAUUCCUAUCACUGGUAUCGACUUCUGCAUAAUUGUGUGACAUUUACCAGCUUAGUUUCAGCAACUCGUGAUUUGUACUUUUCUAUUCUUUCCUGAUUUAAUUGCAACAGAAUGGGCACAUAUUUAAUAAAUAUUGGUAACACAAGUAUUCAGUAUCCAUUAUCAGGUUCUAAGUACAUGCGAAGAGUCUGGCUUUUAAAACCAACAAGCAAACCCACACUUAUUCAAUAUAGGGAACUUUUGGUGACAUCUCACAUUGCACAGGUGGGCAUCUGCUCACAUAGUGGGACUUGCCCUUGCUCCUUACAGUAGGGCUGGGUGAUACAUCAACAUAUCGUCCAAAACCAGCUUGAUCAUUGUUUCAUAAUAUUUGAGCUGGCAAUAUAUCGUGAAUCAAAAUGUGUGUAAGGGCUAGGCAAUAACUGGUUUUCAACAUUGCAAUAACUCACCAGUUAAACACUGCAAUGUUAUCACCAGCUAAACCUCACAAUAUCAUCAGCUAAAUACUGCAGUGUCAUCACUAGUUAAACAUUGGAAUAGCUUAGCAUUAUGUGAAUGAGUUUGGUCUCCCACUCUGCUCACAUGCUGCUUUUCCACUCUGGCAAAGCUGACAAGAACUUUGUAAGCUUUCUCUUCCAGUUUUGAUAAGCCACAGCUUACUAUGGCAGAAAACCAGCAGACGGUACUCAGUCUUGACUUUGGGUAGUGGAAACCCACUUCAAAUCUUAGGAAAGUUCCAGUGUCUCACCAGUAGGUGUGAUGGGACAUCCACAUCUGCUCUGGAGGGUCUCCCAACCCUCUGGAGUUAUUUGGCAGGCACACAGGGACUGCAAAGGGCAGGAUAGGACAGAAAAUACCUAUUGGAAUAAGGAUACAAGUAAUAUCCAGUACUGAAUAACUAGCAUUUAUUCAAUAGUCUUACAAAACUGGAGUAAUAAGAAAACAUAAUGCCCUAUUGUGAUUGUAGUUCCCUUCAGAUGCCCUGCAUGAAAGGCAGGGAUGAGGAGGCAUGCAGCUUUGGGGUUGGGGCCAGAGUGUGGCCCCACUUCCCCUUCAAGUUGUGGAGCCCUGUAUAUAUAGACAGACAUUCAACACCCACUCUUACACACACACACACUAAAGCUAUGAAUAGUAUUUUUAAGAUGAUUGUCAUUUUUAAGAUUUAGCGUGGUAUUCUUUCUCACACUGCUGUGUCUGUCAUACAGUGAAUUAAAUUCGAGGGAGGGAUUUGACGAAUUCCUGGUUGCACAAAGUGACUGUAAAAUGCAGUGCAGAAAUUGGCCUUGAGAUCAUAAAAUGGGAUGUAAUAUUGAAACUUGCUAUACAGAAUACUUUCUGCUAGUUUGUUAGGAAAAUAAACACCUGUAACUUUCUGCUUCCCCUCUUUCCUCUCUACACUAACACCAGAUCACCUGCCUGCAUUUUGCUCGUCAGGCAUGUUUUUCGUAUUUGACUUUUACUCAAAUUUCAUUUUCCUCAAUGCAUACCAAUUUUGAAGCUACAACUUAUUAUAGAAAGAAAGGCAUAUAUAUUUAGGAAUAUAUGCAAAGUACCACAAAAAGUGUUCCUCAUAAGGCCUUUUCAGCUCCCUCUUCUGGUGGCAGCAGCCCAAAGGGCACUAGGAAGGGAAAACUGGCAGUUUUUACCUUCCCAUUCACAUGCUUCUCUGCAUACAUACUGGAGACUUCUGUGGCUGAAAAACUAUGACCCGGGGCAAUAUCUUUAUAUAAUUUUUUACGACUUCUGGUUUCUUCCUCAUCCCCCGAAGAACAGAUAUGGAAAAAAAAACUGUUAGCUGAAAAGUCUGCAACUUUCCCUUGUUUGUCUACACACUUCUGAUGAAACUAUAACAGAUUCUUAUUCUAGUAAUUAACCACACAGCCGUAAUACAUUUUAUGGAGUGUGUUGUUUGCUGCAAAACAACAACAACAAACCCUUGGAACUUUAGUAAAUCAUUUUUUUUUUUUUUGGUACAGAUACUUUAUAUUAAAGCUUUCCCAUUUCCCAUUUUAUACUUCCUUAAAUAGUGAAUCAGACAGCUUAAUUCAAACCUUCCUGUUUUAUACAGGACUUUUUCUCUCAGCAGUACUUGUGUUCCUCUAAUCAUAGUCCAUCUCUUGACAUACUGUUCUUACCAUUCCAUUCAGUUCAGCAGGGUCAGUGAAAUUGGCAACAGUAACUGGUCCACAGAUUGCCAAUGCAAAGUCUACUUGUUUCAUCUGCUUUAUGUUGUGCACAACUAUGAUUUGUUUGCCAUUCAUUGACUGAAAUAGUGCUAAUUCACAGGUUCAGAAAUACCUUUAUAUCAUAAGUCCCUCAGGUUGUGAUAUUCAAAAUCCAUAAUUUUAUUGGAUGUGAUUGGUGCAAUAAUUAAUUGGUGCAGUAAUUAAUUUUAGAACACUUUUCACUGAGGCAGGGGUUCCCAAACAGUGAUCUGCAGACCACUGGUGGUCCCUGAGCUUCAUUCAGGUGGUCCACAGCAUGUCUGUAGAAGUACAAUUAAAAUCAGAGCAUUAAGCACAGCGCAUUAUAAAUUGCAGCAGCAGGCAGAAAAAUAAUGAAAUGGUCUGCCAAGAUUCUCCGCAACGUUCAAGUGUUCCAUGAGGAAGGGAAAGUUUGGGAACCACUGCAGUAAGGCCUGCUGUUCGUACCUGAUCAAUGUCCCAGAAUAGGCAUUUGUUACUAAAGCUGUAUGUAACAAUUUCAGUGUUCUUCACUUCCCAAAGUGACACUAUUGUUAAUUAGUACAGUUCAAAGGUAUCUUCCAUAGAAGAUGAAUCCUGCUAGUCUGAUUUUGAGGGCUUGUCAUUCUUGUCAUGUAAUAAGAAUUGCAGAAGCUGCCGCUAUCACCUUUUCCUUAGGACCCCAUAUUAACAGUGAUACACUAGUUUUCCUAGAUGUUGAGUUUUAUAUGACAGUCAUACCUCAUGUUACGGCCGCUUCAGGUUACGUGUUUUCGGGUUGCGGACUGCGGGAGAUCCGGAAGUACCGGAACAGUUUACUUCCAGGUUUUACCGCUUGUGCAUGCGCAAAAGCGCUAAAUCACGCUUCACGCAUGUGCAGAGGCAGCACUUCAGGAUGCAAAAGCUGCGGGUUGUGGACGUGCCUCUGUCAUGGAUUAUGUCUGUAACCUGAGGUUCCACUGUAUAUUAUAUUCUGUCUCACGUCACUCAAAGCAACAUAUAUGUGGUUCCCAUGCAGGUACGAUGUUAUGCUGAGCCCAUUUCACUAAUACUUGGUAACACAUUAGUUAACUGGGAAGGAAUCAGUUGGGUAAAGGAAAAGCCCACUUCUAAUUUAAUUACAGAGGAUGAGGGAAAGGUGGUAUAAAGUCUGAACCUAGGAAGGCACUAAAUGCUGUAUUUUUUCCUACUGUUGGGUUACUUAACACAUACUUGAGUAGAAUAAUAGAGGAUAGUUAUCUUUAAAAAGAGCAUUGCUUAAAAUAUAUUUUUCUAAUUAGUUAUUCUGAAGCAAAAUGUGUUGAGAGAAAUGGAAUGAAAAUACAGCUGUCUUAACACCGGUUCUGCUCUGAAGUUAUCUGUAUAACUACUCGCUUGCUCUUGUGGAAAAUUUACUCAAAUAGCAGAAUUGUGUGUUCAUUUUGCUUGCACUUGGUGACCUCCUUGCUGUGGUUGUCAUAUUUAUGCAAAACUUGAAAGUUUUCAAGGCUAUUAAACUAAUGGUUUGCUAGUCUAGACUCAAUAUUGCUAAAUUGUUUGUACCUGUAUUGUGGAGACCUAACUGGGUUACAUUAAAUUGGCUUGCGCCAUGUAACUAUACAAGUGGAAAUUGGUCCAAAAGAGGGUGGGGGCUGGGGUUAAAUUAUGAAGACUUGGAAGUAUUCUAGCUUGCUGUGUGUUUCUUGUGUCACUUUUUGCCAUGUGUAGUGCUGAAAAGUGUCUCUUGUGUAUAGCUGCCUUGGCUGUCGAAGAGCUUGGCUUUGAGCGAUUUCAUUCAUUAAUUCAGUAAGUAACAUGUUGGAACACUUAAAAUACACUAUCUUGUAGUUCCCCAGUAAACAAAACUUCUUUCAGGUGUAAGCCUCAUACUUAAUGCAGUUGAACAUCAAGGUUUAAAAGAUAAUUAGGCUCAAGAAAGCUAUUGCUUUAAGAUCAAAACAACUGUGACUAUUCAAAUCUGUAAUUUUAACAUGAUUUUGUUGCUGCUUUAAUUUAGGCGUUUAUUUUAAAAUUUCAGCAUUAGCUUAGAAGAGUCAUGAUUGAACAUUUCAAGUGGCCUGAAUACAAAAUUGUCCAGUGAGCCACAUGUAUUUAGAAAAAACUGCAUGGUUUUAAGCAAUCCAGUUUCUUACUCAAUCACCACAAUUCAGCAGUAUCUAUCUUAACGUGAACUCAGGUUACACUCCCAGAUGCUCAAAAGCUAAGUUGGGAAUGAAAGAUGGACAGACCCAUAUCCCCACUAAUAGGUGAUUCACAGUUUGAGGACAUGUCAAUGGGCCUGUGCUGUGAGAGGUAUCUAAGUGAAUUCUCUCUGCACAAUUCGACUCCAGGGAGGAGUGAAGAAAGGGCACCUGAACUUACAUUACCAAUUGAAUGGUUGGGUUUGUGAUGGAAGGGAACAUUCUGUAAGCGCAGCAUUAGGCAUGCAGUCUUCUUUACUUACAGCUUUCUGAACUGAGUUCAAUAUGGGGCUAUUAGCUUAAUCAGGCGUUUGCUAUUUGAGAAAGUUUAUAAGGGCAAAUGCUACUAUCUGCCCAUUGUGUCUUUACCAACAAGAACAAAAUUUUAAGUAGUCAUUAAAGUUGUGAAGACCUAAAUCUAACAUCUGCCAAUUUUCACUGUCGUAUGAGAACUUUUCAGGUGAAAAAUCAAAACCAGGCUUCUAAAAUUGUGAUGCGUGCUGCCAUAUUGACACUACUUGUACUGUGUACAUGCUAUAACCAUUAUUUUUUCUCCAUUAAGACAGUUGCUGCUAAUUGUGUUGUAAAUGUAUUGGUCACAGAUACUAUUGCAUGCCUUAAGCAUUCAGUUGCACCUUACGUUAUCUUGCAUUUUGUUGCUAGUCAGCAAACAAAUACAGAAUUGAACUCUGUCAAAGCCAAGUACCAUGUCUAAUGGACUUUUCUUUUUAAUCUUCAGCAAGCAGUCAUUCACAAGCUUUCCUGAUUUCAAAGAAGCAGUUUGGAAUCAGUAUUCAGUCUGGACAAACAAAUUUGGAGUGUUGCUUUUUCUGUAUUCUGUGAUACUGACAAAGGUUUGUUUCUAUUUUUAAAAAUGUUUGUUUUCUUAAACUAGCAAAAAAAGAAAAAGAAAAAGGAAGGGGAUUAAAGGUGCUUGUUUCCUCCAUCCCAUCACCUUCAGUACCAUGUGUGUGCCUGCAUGAGGCAGGCAUAUUUAUUAACUUCCUGUUGUUUGGCCUGAUCUUCCCAUUUUGGUUUCAUAAUCUGCAAUUAGAUGUUUUAAUACUGUAAACUGUUAAUUUUACACUGUGGGAGAACCUUGAGCUUUGUAUAGGCACUUGUUAAUCAUGGAUGGGGUGGGGGAAGCCCUCAAGCCAGCUGCUUUUUAGAUCUUUGUUUUGAUCAGUGCAUAGGUUUGAAGGGCAGUUUUAAGCUUGUUUGACUGAAUGUACUGUGAAACCUCCCUGCAAGUUGGAACCCUGGCUUAUCAGGUUUUUGAGUUGUGGGAGCUGCUUCUAAGCAAUUACGGUAAAUCAAGAACGUGUGAACAAAAACAAACAGAAAAAUAAAGAAACUAUCAUUGAAACGCUGACACAAAAACUUUGCACAUAUACUAAGCAAAAGAAUGAAGAAUCACUAUCCCUACCCCACUCUCCCCACCCCCCAACCUCACAGUGUCUAUGAUAGCAGUGUCUCACGCUGAAUGUUACUGACCUGUAGAAAGGACUCUAUGAAUUGAAAACAGAGACGUUGCGUGUACCCUUGUUAACCGUGAAAAUCCUUUAAUUAAAAACAACUGCCGUAUUUUCCCGUGUAUAAGGUGAUCCUUUUUGCUUAAAAAAAAAUAGGCAUAGUGAAUGCAGAGGGGGGACGUGCGACUAAUGGCAGCAGCAAGCAGGAGAUUGGCAGCAUGAUUGGGCGGGUGAUUGGUGGCUGCGGCAAGGCCUACUGGCGAUUGGUUGUGGCUGUGGCAAUUGGGCAAGCGAUUGGCAGCCGUGGUGAGGCGGGCAGGCGAUUGGCAGCUGCAGCAAGUGGGCGGGUGGGCUGUUAGUAGCAGCGAGCAGGCAGACAAUUGGCAGCUGCGGCGAGGUGUGCGAUCAGCAGUGGCUGUGGCAAGCGAUUAGCAGUGGCAGGCAGGCGGGUGAGCGAUUGGCGGAAGUAACUUUCCCCAUCCGCCCAAAAAGCUAAACAACUUAAUUUCUUAAUUUUGGGUUAAAAAAAAUAGGCAUCGUAUUAUACAUGGGGGCAUCUUAUACUGUACCCAGAAAAAAUAUGGUGUGUGUGGUUUUUAACUCAUUCAGACUUUUGGGGUCAUUUUACGAAGAUCUAAACAGCAGCUGGCUUCUCUUAGGAGCACUGGGGCCAAGACUUGCAUGCGCCCCUCUGUCCUAUGCCCAGUUUAAUCCUUGUUCAGUGACAGCCUGAAAGGCAAUUCAUUUAUCUUGUUGGAACAAGUUAGUCAAAAUGAAGGGCAAACUAACCAUAUGUAUCAGUUUUUCCUGAUACUAAUAUUUAGGUUUGUUGACAAAAUGUUAAGGGUUGGUUAUUUGUUAAAAGAAAAAAAUAUUUCUUAGCAGGAAGAUGUGGCCACUAUGCCAGUAAAUAUACCAGAAAGCAUUCCUGUUUUCUAGGGCAUUGAAAACAUAAAAAAUGAAAUUGAAGAUUCAACUGAGCCAUUAAUAGAUCCAGUGUAUGGUCAUGGAAGGUAAGCUCUGGUUAGUCCUAUACUUUCCUUAAGGAAAGUACUGCCUGUUUUCUGAACAAAUCAUACAGUACUUUAGAAACACAGUUUCAGCCAUUAUUAAUUACACAGGAUCCCACAUAUUCACCAUCAAUUUCUUUGUAUUAAUAAUGGUCAGAAACUGUGUCAGUGCAAUACUUUGCUCAGAACAGGCACACUCUGGGCAAGGAGCAUAGACAACCAGCUUGCCUCCAUGACCAUACACUGACGCACAACGGCCUCACCAUUUACUUAAUGCCCAGGAAACGCCUGGCAAGAGCUGCUGGGCAGGCCACAAGAAACAUUUUCUUUAACACAACCCUAAGACUUGUCAUAACAACUAACCAUAUGUAUCAGUUUUUCCGGAUACUAAUAUUUAGGUUUGUUGACAAAAUGUUAAGGGUUGGUUAUUUGUUAAAAGAAAAAAAUAUUUCUUAGCAGGAAGAUGUGGCCACUAUGCCAGUAAAUAUACCAGAAAGCAUUCCUGUUUUCUAGGGCAUUGAAAACAUAAAAAAUGAAAUUGAAGAUUCAACUGAGCCAUUAAUAGAUCCAGUGUAUGGUCAUGGAAGGUAAGCUCUGGUUAGUCCUAUACUUUCCUUAAGGAAAGUACUGCCUGUUUUCUGAACAAAUCAUACAGUACUUUAGAAACACAGUUUCAGCCAUUAUUAAUUACAAAGGAAUUGAUGGUGAAUAUGUGGGACUGGUUUUUUAUCAUUUCAUCUGGAAGCAUCUCAUAUUGUUAGCACCCGUUGUGUUGGAGGUAUGAUUUUAUACCAGAUGAACUGAAAUUGAACCAAGACCUUCUGGAAAAAAGUUAAGUGCAUGUUGUAGCUUGCUUUAUCUCCCUAUGUGCUUUUCAAGAAAAAAGUUGUAGUGCCAUCAAAAUUAAUUUGUUUAGAAAAAUGUGAAUGCAAAUUGCAAAUCUAAAAGCUUGUUUUCUUCAUAUUAAGCCAAAGCUUAAUUAACCUCCUGUUGACGGGGCAUGCAGUAUCUAACGUCUGGGAUGGAGACAGGGAAUGCUCAGGAAUGAGUAAGUUUGUACUUGAUAUGACUUUGCUGUGGUGCAGCAUCAAGAGAUAUACUAAAUGUUUUGCAUUUGAAUUGUAUAUAGUUCUUACAAACUAAAGCUACGGCUUUAUACGAAUGCUUGUGUUUCUUUUUGUCUAUUUAUGAAUAUUGACAUAUUACUCCACUUUAAAAUGCUACUUGACUGCAAAAUUCUAGUCAUUCGUUUUUGGUAAACUGCCUCCCCACUAAGUUCUGUGAGAUUUGAGUGCUGGGCUUUAAUAAAUUUAUUCAAGGAGUCUGGGGUGUCAGGAGUUCACAUUAGCCCAUGUUAGCUAAUUGCCAGUACUGUGUACAGUGGUACCUCGGGUUAAGAACUUAAUUCGUUCUGGGGGUCUGUUCUUAACCUGAAACUGUUCUUAACCUGAGGUACCACUUUAGCUAAUGGGGCCUCCUGCCGCCGCCCCGCCGCCGCUGCGCAAUGUCUGUUCUCAUCUUGAAGCAAAGUUCUUAAUCCGAGGUACUAUUUCUGGGUUAGUGGCGUCUGUAACCUGAAGCGUCUGUACAGCACAAGGAAACUUGUACUCUUUAGUUUACCACAAGAUGGCAGUAGGUCCUAAGGAAGAAAAAUAGGAGUUUAGAAUGUGGGUAAACUUCUCCAAAAUCAUCUAGUUGCUAUGAAAGACAUUGCACAAGGUAUUUACUGUGGGAUAGCUAUGCAGUGCCUUUGUCUCCCAUUUAAUAAGCAUUUAUAUCUUGAAAUAGGAAGGCUGGUAGUGGUUUCAUGUAAUCAAGCUCUUUGGCAAUGUGCUUAUAAGGAACUUGAUAGAAUUCUUCCUUGAAUCUAGAACUAUGCUCUUAGUAGAAUGAAAAAUAAAUACAUGUAAAAUGUUCACUAAUUUAAUCCCCAUGUCACUCCCCCCACCCCACCCAAUCUGAUCUGUUUGCCCACAGAGUGUUUGUCCCUAGUAUAUUGCCAUAUAUAGCCAUUUGGUUAUAAAUGAAUUACUGAAAAAGGAUGAGGAAACUUGAAGCUGUAGUUUGUUUCGUCUUUCCAGAAUUUCAAGAUUAAAAUGAAGAAAAUCGGUAUAGAGUUGCGGAUAAUCCUGACUUUUUUCUGUAAUGUUCAGAUACAGCCUAGAUACAAUACAGUAAUGCAGUGGUUCCCAACUGGUGGUCUGCAGACCCCAGGAGGUCUGUGCAACCCACCCAGAGUUUCAUGGCAUCAUUCGCAUAACAAAACAUAACAAAAACUACCAUAGAGAUAUCGUUUUUUAUGGCUUGGCUUUUGAAAAAUGGGGUCUGUAGUACGUACCUGAUUGGGUACUAAUGUAUUCCUUGGGCAAAAGUGGCUAAAAAUCAAAUUGUAUGUUUCCCACAAAUGUCUGCAAUGAAGCCCCAAAGGCCACUCUUUUAAACAAAGAAACAAACAAAAAGUACUCUUGGGUGAUUCUUAACCCUUUCCUUGCCAACUUGUUUUUCUGCUUCUGUUUGACCCUUCUCUAAAAUUAUAUCCCUCUGAGCAUUCCAGGUACAUGUUUACUCUCCUUUUUAUUUUCUAAGGAAAUAACUUUAAGAGUUCACAUUCAUUCCUCAACAUCAUUCAGUUCUUUACUCAAAAAAUCUCAAUUUCUUCUGCCAACACACUAAAUGUUGGUACUUCCUCUUCUUUUCUAUCGUUCCUAUUCCCCCCCCCCCCAUUUUGAGAUAAUGAGUAAUUUCCUCAGAACUAUAGCCAAUUUCCAUUCCCUAUUCCCUGUUCAAAGAAUAUUCUUAUAUCUUAACCACACACAAAUUUCUCUGAGGUAUUCCUUAUUAAUUCCUUUGACAGAUUAAGAACUAGAAUAACUCAGUUUGGUGGUUAUAUUUUAUUUGUUAUUUCAUAAAAAGUAGCCCACUCAAUUUUGAUUAAUUAAUCAAUUAAAGAAAUAAUAAUAAUAAUAAUAAUAAACAAAAGUACUGAUUUUCAAGUGGUUCAUAGUGGGAGGGGGGAGGUUUGGGGAACCACUGGUCCAGGCAACAUGUGUGCACCUUUCUUGAGAUGUUUUAUAACUCUCCCUUACAGAAUGCAAAAAAGACUGGGGGAGAGGAGGAGUUUGCCUCAAGUUAAGCAGGCAGGCUUGGGGCAGAGUUUGCUGAUAUGUUAACAGCAUGCUCUUGAGUUCAGAUAAAUUUGUAGUACACCAACUGUGUUUUCAGUUUUUCUUAGAGUGGCCUUUUUACAAGCCAAUUUUCUUCAAAAUUUUCUGCACAGAGGACAAGUUGGCAAUGGAAAGAAAAAGCCCAUUGAGAAGGAUGUUCUAGUUCUUAGCAUUGUUUGCUUUUAAGAGUUUAUCAUAUAUUUGGCAUCAUUUGCUUUGUUUAAAACAAAAAGCUUCUUGUAAACAAAAGAGAGAAAGAAUUAUUAUAUUGUAUGUGUUUAUCAGUUUUUUGUUCUGUUGUUAUGACUUGAUUUCCAUGAUAAGUUACUCUUGAAAAUUUGUAAUGGGGCUUGGGCCAAGAAUGCCACCACCAUGCUUUGGCCUCUGUCUCUAGCCUUCCACCAUCAUUCUGGGGGUGGAUAUCUCAUUCCAUCAACAUGAUUUGCUCUCCAUGAGUCAUUCAGUAGUUUUGUCACUUCCAAGGUCUAUUCAGUCAGAGGAUUUUAGUAAUAGGAUUGCACCCUUAUUUCUCUGCCUAGUUUUUAUGUGCUCUGUUACAUGAUUGUAGGCCAAAGUUUCAUGGCAUGUUUUAAGAAGGAAACUGUAGCAUGACUCAAAUUUUGCAGUCUAAUACAGAGUUCUAUUUCUCUUCAGAACUACUUGGAAUACAUAAACAAGCAACUGUUGGUUUUUUGACACUUAUGGAAUCUCUAAGAUACUGUAAGGUAAGAUAGUUCAUAGUCAUUGGGUGAUAUGCUGUGUUAUUCAGACUUAAGAGUAGACCCAUUGAAAUAAUUGAAGUCAAUUUAUUUCUGUAGGUAUUUGUCUCAGUAUGACUUAAUUGGAUAUCGCUCCUUAGGUAAAAGCAUGGCUGGUGUUAACUCCAGAAAGAAAUUCCUUUGAAAACUUGGUAUUUCAACUUCAGCCUUUAACUGUUGAAGAGAAAUCACAGAUGAAGCAUAUGUCAUCUAAAUUUUUCAAAUCUCAAGUUUAAAAACUUGUUUUGAAUCACCUUUUUUUAGCAACAGCAAAGUCAUCUGUCUUGCUAAUGAGUAAGAAAUGAAGAAACUUAGCUUAUUCAGAGUUACAAGUUAUGUCUGUCUUUCGCUUCCCUCUCCUGUCACAAGCAUCUAAAAGGCACAAUCUAGUCCACCUAAGCCAGAAUUCUCAUAUGAUCAAUGAAUGCCUGUUUUUUCACCUCCCCUUGCCUAUGAAAAGUUAUUUACAUAGUUAAGAAAUUCAUGUAUACCAGCUUUCCCUCUUGCCUCAGUAUAAAUUUUGUUUCAAACCAUUAAUAAUUUGCUCUGAACAUACCAUUCACUCUUAAUGGGCCCUUGUAAGCAGGGGAAGAUGGGAAAACGGAGCUAUAGGAAUCCUGCACAUGCAGGAAUUAUACCCAAUAUAUUUGAUACUUUACUGAAGCAUCCACACUGAUUUGUCCCUCUGAGGAUCACUCAUGCACUUGUUCAGCUCUGAAACUUUCUUAUUUCGUGCAUAAAAAAUAAAUAAAUUUAGUUUUUGCACAUGUAUUUGCGGUACAGCAUUCAGUAUAAUACAGAAUUCAUCCUGAUAAUUAAGGACAUAAGAGUAGUCUGCUGAAUCCAGUCAGUGGCCCAUCUAUUCCAGCAUCCUGUUCUCACAGUGGCCAAUUCUGAUUUUACUUUUUUAAAAAAGUAUUCAGUUUCAUAUUGGUUGUUAUUAUUAAUAAAGAUGGUGGUGUUCAUGAUGAUAGUUAUUAGAAUGGUAGAGUGAACCUUGCAACAUGCAGUUUUGUCUGGUAAAGCAGGAUCCAAACACAGUAUCUAGGAAUCAGAGGUCACAGUGAUGAAUACUGUACAUAGCUAGCUUUCACGAAUUUUUGUAACUGUCUCCUCUUUUAGUCCUUUCAUACCAAGCUCCUUCAUACAUAUGGGGAAACCUGACCUGGAUUUUGGAAUAGAAAAUAAGCAGCAGCAUUAUUAUUUGUUAAAUUCCUAUACCACCCCUCAUUGGAGGAUCACAGGGCAGUUUAAAAUAGAAAAAGACAUUCAACAGUAACAAACAAUAACAAUACCCCACACAGAGUUUAAAAGGUCAUAGAUGGUUUAAUUAGCCAAACCAUGUCUGUUUUUUAUUUUCUCGGGGUGCGAGCUAUUCUGUUGCAGGGUACUAUUAGCCCAGCAUACACUGCAAUAUUUGAGGACAAAAUGUUGUAUGGUGUUAGGUUAUGAACUUGCUACAUAUUUUUUCUUUUCAUUUUAGGUUGGCUCCUAUUUGAAGUCCCCAAAGUUCCCUAUUUGGAUACUUGGCAGUGAAACUCAUCUCACAGUCUUUUUUGCCAAGGUAGGAUUCCUUUCUUUUGUUUCAUUUCAUCACCCUCGGUCAAAUACAUCUUAUUUUAAGUCUACAGUUCAAAUAUUUUCUACAGUAUACUCUUCUUACACAGCACUGACGGUUUAAAAUAAUUUAUUGGCAUACAUGUUACAUGAAAACAUACUGGAUUUCUGAGAUUGUCUUAAGCAAACUACUCAGUCAGUAUUAUGGUUGAAAACAACUCAUCUUCAGGAUCUUCUUGAGUUUUUCUGAGUAGUUAGAAAUCAAGUCCCAAAGACCCUUCUGCUUGGCUAAAACUAUUACCAUACAUGGCUAUUUGUGCAAAGCUAUGUAUUGAGCAUUGCAAUCUAUGUCUUACCAAGUGUGGAAGUAAUACAUUUUUCUCUGACUGACCCUGAAACUUCAUCAAAACAAGGGAUGGGGUGUGCUGCAGCUGCAUUCCACUGAUCUUUGGUGAAUGGAAAGGAUGACAUUUUCCUCCUGCUUUCUGGACUUAGAUGAGUUAUUCAGCAUGAAUUCUGUGUUACAGCUAACUUCUGGAUAAGUGUGAAACUGCAGGAUCUGUGUGGAUUUUUCAAAAAUGACUAUGUAGGAAAGCAUCCAAGAACAGGGGUAUUUGGGGAGGUGGAAGCUAGGGAAUUCAAGAUAAUAGUUGGAAUAUUUAUUAAUACUAAGAACAAACAUAGGCAAACUCCGACCCUCCAGAUGUUUGGGACUACAAUUCCCAUCAUCCCUAGCUAACAGGACCAGUGUUCAGGGAUGAUGGGAAUUGUAGUCCCAAACGUCUGGAGGGCCUGAGUUUGCCUAUGCCUGACUAAGAAGGAUGUGUGUGCGCUUGUCUCAGAGUGCUCCCAAACUUGCAAGAGGACCAGAGAAACUUUAAUUAUUUUUUUAGCACUGGAGAUGUUGCACAUUUUUUAGUCAAAGCUGAUAAUGGGCAUGUUGUUUUCAGACAACACUAAAUAAGAUCUAAGUACAUUGUUAUUGGGUCAUAGUACUUUGUUGCAGUAAUCUGUAAUAUCAUGUUAAAAUUGGAGGUAAAACAAAGGCAGCACAGAAACAUUCUAAUGGUUAACGUCAGUGUUUGAUGUUAAUGAUUACAUUGCUUGACCCUGUAAUUUUAAAGAGACUGUAAUAUGAAGAAAGAUUAGUAUAUCUUUAGUUAUAAAACAUGAUUUCUCAUACUUUUUGAAUAUUUGUAUUUCAGCACUUUAGUGUUCUAUACCUACAUAACAUAAAAAACAUUUUUCUGUGAUUUUACACUUUGCUGCUAAAAUCUUGAAGAAAAGCUGAUAGACCCCUCCCCUACCCUAAAGGAAAUAAUUUGUUCUACCACCUAGAGAUAUAUACAAUUACCUUUUAAUGGUCUACGUUCAGCCAUGAACAGUGACCUUUCGGACUACCAUAUUUAAAGUCUAUGCUGACAAUGUUAGUUAGCAAAAAAAAAUAGAGUGCUGAAAUCAGUUAUGCAGAAUCCAAUUCUCUUUUGUAAGAAAUGCAACUUCAUAGAAGAGACAUAAGGCACUCCCAGAAGAAGAAAAACAACAACACAAAUUGGUACAUUCUAUUUUAACAUAAUUCAGUGCCUGGAAGCAUUUUAACUGAAGAGCAAAAAAACCCAACAAAUGCACAGUUCUAAAAUGGGUUUUAUUUGUGGUGUUUAGGCAUAUAUCCCAUAGUUCUUUAAUUACAUUGCAAUGCAUUGUAUAUUAACUAAUUACUGAAUACCAUUUCAUAUCUAUGACUAGCCUGUAUUUUUUAGCUUAUUUAAAUAAGGGUCAAUCUAUAGAAAGAGAAAAGGCUUGUGAUACACUCUCUUUUUUUGAGACUCUCCCACUUGAAAAUGGAGGUGGUUCUGUCCUUCUCUGGUCUCUGUAGAUUCAUUACUGUAUAUAUGGUUAGGAUCCAAAGAACUAUGUGUUCUUUUCAUGUGCACACUGUAGCUCUGCCACCCAUCUCAAAAAUUAACUUGGUUGGUGUCCAGUAUAGCCUCUAAUGCAGCACAAGAUGCAGCAACUGGUAGCAAAUACUUGACAAAGCUGUUCAGAUCCCACCGUCCUCCUGAGUGUGAAUGAAGCAUUGGUCUUUGGACUUUAAUUUGGAUUUGUGUUGCCUGCUGCGUGCUUUCCAGCUGAGGUUUAAAUACCUUAACAUACGUCUAAUAGUAAUGUCGGCACUGAUACAAUUACAUGGAUGACAAAGCUUUACUAAAAUCAGUUUGUCUUCUGUUAGCUGUUUGAUUAUUGCACAAACAGUAAUGCAUGUGACAGCUGCUGCCUGCCCACCUACACUGCAUAUAACCUUGGAUACAGCAUUCAGUUUCAUUCUUUACAAGUGCAAUUAAUACCCUUGCAAAUCCAUUUCAUACUCCUCUUUGAAGCUGUGAUAAGCUUGUUUUGCAUUCUCAUAAUUGUCUCCUUUGUGUGGAGAUGAAGAUCUUUGUAUAGACACAUAUGAAUGCUUUAGAUUUUUCCUUAAGACAGCAGUUCCUGACAAGAAGGAUGUGUAAGACCAUUCUAAAGACUCCUUAAAUCUUACUGCCAAGACACACCAAUACAUCCAGAAUUGCUGAAUCUUUCUCUUGUUUUUUAGCACUAGAUUAGAUCAGUGCUACUUUGGGAGGAGGAAGUCAUGAAUUUUGGAAGCUCUGUUUACACAUCAGGCAAAAUACUUUCAAAUAAAAAUAUCUUGAUUUUGUUCUGAAACUUGGUGUAAACAGAGUCCAAUCCAAUGAAAUCAAUGGACUUAAGUAAUAUUAAUUUCCAUGGUCUACUAUGGGAUUGAGCAACUUGGAUAUUGCCCAAAAUGUUUCCAGCAUCUUUUUUCAUGCAUAAGUCCCAGUUAAGAAUGAUGACCCUCACACGUCUCACCUUUGCUGAAUCAAGGAUAAUUUAGCAAACCACUAACACUGAUAUCUUAUGACCAUGAGCUGAGCCCAUAAAUAAAUGCAUGAGUUUUAAAUUAAUAGUCAAGAUGUCUUAAGUCACUAGUGUAUUUGGAGAAGUAUAUAUUAUACAUGUAUAACCAAUUUGAGCUACUGUGCCUUGAGUGUAGCAUAAUGUAAUUGUUAAAUACUGUUACGAGGUAACUUUUAUAAUGCAAAAGUAUGCAUUUCCUGACAUAAUAUCUUUACAUGUUAUUGUUGUUUUAAAUUUGUAACCUACUUUAAGCCAACAGAAGAAGAAUAAGAACUUAGCAAAUUGAUAAUACAGUGGUGCCCCGCAAGACGAAUGCCUCGCAAGAUGGAAAACUCGCUAGACGAAAGAGUUUUCCGUUUUGGAGGUGCUUCGCAAAACGAAUCUGCUAUGGGCUUGCUUCGCAAGACGAAAAUGUCUUGCGAGUUCCUGCGGUUUUUUUUUCCUUUUCCCCCUCUUUUUCUAAGCCACUAAGCCGCUUAUCUGCUUAUCCGAUAAGCUGAUAAGCCGCUAAAACCCGCUAAAAGGCGCUAAUAGCGCUAAUCCGCUAAUCCGUCAAUGGGCUUGCUUCGCAAGACGAAAAAACCGCUAGACGAAGAGACUCCCAGAACGGAUUCUUUUCGUCUUGCGAGGCACCACUGUAAAAUUAAUGCUGUGUUGCUGUGUCCUCCAAAAAAUCCAGUAAACAAGAAAUAGUAAUUCUUACAAAAUGAAAACGUGCUAUAAUUUGCGAAAAUAUUUGCUUCUUUAAAACUGUGUCAAAUGGUUUAGGAGCCCGCCUGUUGGGAAUAGCACCUGUUUAAAGCAAAAUCAGUGGAUGUGAUCUUCAUGCCUUAAGUUUUAUUGGAAGACAAGCUGUAAUUUAAAUAUAAUUUUUCAGCCUCGUGAUGACUCUGGUAUAGCAUUAGCAUUAGCUGGAUUUGGAAAGUCUUACAACUUGUGCAGUAUCUUGUACCUCUGUACAGCUCAGUCGGAAGAGCAUGAGACUCUUAAUUUCAGGGUUGUAGGUAUGAGCCCCACACUGGGCAAAAGGGGUUGGACUAGAUGACCCUCAUGGUUCCUUCCAGCUCUGCAAUUCUGUGAUUCUAUGUUGCUGUCACAAUUGUUCUACCAUCCCUGCCUAAUUCAAAUUUAGGAUGUAGGUGGAAGACUCUGUGUUGAGGAUAGAGUGUGCAGCUGACAGACAUUGGUCCUAAAUGGUUCUGGAUCUUAAGAAUUUUAAGCAGUCUGCUAGUCCAGUGGUUUACAACCAGUGUGCUGUGGCCUUGAAUGAUGGUCAGGGGUGUGGCAGGCAACACAGGCCUCUGUCCCUCCCUCCUCUGAUGCCCUCUCAUGUCUCUGCCUCCCAAAGGCUUGCACAGCCGUUUGUUGCAGCAGUGCUGGCUAUAAGCUCCACAGGCGAAUGCUGCCUCUGGAAGACACCUCUCUUUGCGGCGGGGGGGGGGGGGGGGCCGCAGCUGCCUGGAGGACUCUCAAGGAGAGGAGGCUGUUGGGAAAGUGUGAGAGGCUGCUCUGCAGGCUAGGGGUAGCAUAACUGGGCUCCUGAGCCCCACAGUGUGCCACAGAAAGAAUGUAGUUGGUCAAGGGAGAGGUGGACCCCAAAAGGCUGAAAACCUCUGUGCUAGUCUAUGCCCAUAUUGUUCCUUCUUAGGGUAUUUAAACUUAAUAUGACCUGUCUUUUAUCUAGUUUAAUGACAGCAUCUGUCCACAGCUAUGUACUGUUUUUAGAGCAAUGGUAUUUAGAAAGUUUUUAAAAAAAUAGUGAUGUAUUUUUUUAAAUGAUGUUUAUCAGCUCUGCAGUUAUUACAGAGAUUGUAUGUGCUGUUUUUUAUUUUUGAGAACAAAAGCGGCUGAGAUUUUUUUACAAUGUACUAACGGUGUGUGUUUGCCUCCAAGGGUAAACAUGAGAUUCUAAAAUAAAUUUGUGUUAUCAGAAUAGUAUUUAAAAAUACAGCAAAAUGGUUUUGGGCAGGAAUAUUACAAAGUCCAAAGGGUAAAACAUGAACCUCUUCGCCUUUAGGACAUGGUGUACUUGAACAAUGCGUGGUAAACUACUGAUAGGAUUUCCUUCUAUGGAAGAUUUGGGGUUGGGAUGUUGUUAGACAACAGUUUUGCAAGGCCUGGGUGCUUGUGUUUGGCAGAAGUUGUAAAUGCUUGGCAGAUGAAGUUCAUUUUUGGGAUAUUUUGUUUUUUAAAUAAGUGUUGCUGCCCAAAGUGAAUGAAUUGCUUGCUUUUUACAAAAUACAAAUGUUGCAAAAAUUAAAGCUGUACUUUUUGAUUGGGGUGUGGAGCAUGUUUGGUGCAGACUAAGCAUAGCAUAAGAGAGGAUUGCAGAAGCAGCCUGUUCCACUUGUAUCUGCAGCAAGAGCCUCCAUAAUAAGACAAGGAAGUGUGGUAGAGCCUUUUUGUUGAGCUCCGCGCUUACCCCAUAAAUCACUGAGGCUGUUGCUUUUGACAGAGCAAGGAUCACUGCCAGGUCUGUUUCUUCCCUACCUAGACCUGCCCCAGUGUUUUCUUGGAGUAGCUACCAUCCCCAGACCUUUGCUGCUUCUUUCUCUAUCUCAAUUAUCAGUUUAGGAUUGGGAAGAAAGAAUUAUACUUUCCCCCUUUGCCCAUCGUAAUGCUUAUAAUAACCACGGAAAUUUGGCAGUGGGACUAGAGGAAAGGAGGGGGACGGGGAAGGAAUUGGGAGAAAAGGAGCAUCUAACCAUUCAACUCAUGAGAACUGUUUGAUUGAAAAAAAUCCAAAGCGCUCAAAUUUGAGUGCCCCUAGACCUAAAAUUGAAAUAGCAGUACUGUUUAUGUGUGGGUGGGUGCACUGCUUUGUGAGAUAUGUAAUCAUUGCUUUCUUUAUUGUUUUGUAUAACCCAGGAAGUCCCAGUAUGGUGUAGUGGUUAAGAGCUGUAGUCACGUAAUCUGGGGAACCGGGUUCGCGUCUCCGCUCCUCCACAUGCAGCUGCUGGGUGACCUUGGGCCAGUCAUACUUCUCUGAAGUCUCUCAGCCCUGCUCACCUCACAGAGUGUUUGUUGUGGGGGAGGAAGGGAAAGGAGAAUGUUAGCCGCUUUGAGACUCCUUAAAGGGAGUGAAAGGCGGGAUAUCAAAUCCAAACUCUUCUUCUUCUUCUUCUUCUUAUUAUUAUGCACUGUUUCUGGUCUGAAAGCAUACAGUAGCUCAGUGUCACACCAUAGUUUGCACAAAUAACAAUCUAGAUCAUGGGUAGGCAAACUAAGGCCCGGGGGCUGGAUGCAGCCCAAUCGCCUUCUAAAUCUGGCCUGUGGACGGUCCGGGAAUCAGCGUGUUUUUACAUGAGUAGAAUGUGUCCUUUUAUUUAAAAUGCAUCUCUGGGUUAUUUGUGGGGCCUGCCUGGUGUUUCUACAUGAGUAGAAUGUGUGCUUUUAUUUAAAAUGCAUCUCUGAGUUAUUUGUGGGGCAUAGGAAUUUGUUAAUUAGAGAGAGAGAGAGAGAGAGAGUGAGUCCAGCCCUCCACAAGGUCUGAGGGACAGUGGACCGGCCCCCUGCUGAAAGUUUGCUGACCCCUGAUCUAGAUGGCAAGCCAUGCUUUAGAACGGCUUAUCCGCUCAGCACACUAGUCUGUACAUGCAUUCAUCCCUGAUGGUAGAGAAACAGCCACAAUUAUGGUUGGUCAAUUGAUACUGUGCCAAACCAUGUUUCUGCAAAGUUAUUUCAAAUUAUGAUUUGUGAUUUUUGUUUGUCACUAUAUUGUAAACAAUGGUUUAUCAACUUGGACAUGAUUUAAAACUGUAAUAGAGCUUUCUUAACUAUUGUUUGCUGUUGCGUCUGAACUGAACCAUUUUGGCCUUUCACUUACUGCAACAUCUUUUACUACUACUUUGGCUUGGUCCUGCUGUUCACUAGGGUUGAAUAUUAAUUACCAAUUUCUGUUAGUAAUAAAACAAACAAACAUAUGCCUCACUUUCCUAGAUGUUUCAUUUAUGAAGAUGACAUUCUGCAUUUCAUUGUUUGUGUUUAUUGCUUUUCAUCAUUUUUCCAGUGAUGUAUUUAAUCUUGUGGAAUUCUCUCUUAAGGAUUUAGCUCUUGUUGCUCCUGAAGCUCCCUCAGAACAAGCCAGACGAGUCUUUCAAACGUAUGACCCUGAAGGUAAGAUAUGUAGUAUGAUCCUAUGUAUGCUUACUUGUAACCAAAUGCAAAUGAGUUCACUCUUAAAUGUUAAGGUGCCAAAUUAGGAUAAUCGGAUGAUUUAAAGUAGGCAUAAAAUAGAGAAAGUCUUGCUCUUAGUGACCAAUAGAAGAGUAUGCAUUGUGACAUGAUGAUAGAAAAAAAGCACUCUCUGACAAGUUCACAAUAUGUUUUCAAGUGACAGUAAAAAUAAUGCUUUAAAAGCAUUCAGAUACUAUCAGUUAUCCCUUUUACUCCACAGAGAAUAUGAAUUGCAUGAAUUUAGUAUCAAAUAGAUAGUUAUAUUCACGCUUUCUCAUUUCUUAUGGUGUUUGGCACUGGUAUAGCGUGGCUCAUUCAAUGAAACUUUGCAUUGUUUGAUAUGCUCUCUUGCAGGAAUGCAGUUCUCUCAUUCUAAAAGUAAAUGCAUUGCUAUGCUUGGUUAAAAUUGCAACUGCAAGUUACAGUGCCCUGAAAAUCAUUAGAGCAGUAGUUAUUUCCAAGAAAUUGCAUGUUCAAAGUCUGCUUUUUCAUAUCUGUAUUUAGAGAAAUGCGCAUUACUUCCCAUUUCAGAAUAGGCAGUAUUAAUCAGCCCAUAUAAAUAUUUUUAAUUCUUGGACACCUGCUAGUUCAUGCUAAUGACAUUUCCUUAUUUUUUCAGAUAAUGGUUUUAUACCAGACAGUCUUCUAGAAGAUGUAAUGAAGGCUUUGGACCUUGUAUCAGAUCCUGAAUAGUAAGCACAAAUUGGCAGCUGUUUUAGAACACUGUUUAGAAAACCUUUGCCAGGAUGAAAUGCCACCUAAAUGGUUGUUGUUUUUUGCUACAGCGUACACAACUAAUUCAAUAUGUAUCAGCUGUAAGUCUAAGGAGCAAGGUGCUUACAUACAAAUUCAAGAUUAGUUUUAGAAAGAGAGAUUUUCAUUCACAUGAAUGGAGAAAUGCUUGGUUAUUUCCUUCUCAGCAUGAAUGUAACAUUGUAUCAAAGAUGAAUGUAAAAUGUACAGCAUUCUUUCCUCAGUCUAUUUUAGUGCAGGGAUGGGGAACCUGCAGCCCUCUGUGCUGUUGGACUCUCAGUGGCCUCAGCCAUAAUGGUCAGUUGUUAGUGAUGAUAGGAGCUGUAGUCUAGCAACAUCUAGAGGGCUACAAAUCCCGCAUCUCUACAUGCUUAAUUCUGUUCACUGUGGCCUGUCAAAUAGAUAAAACAAGGGUGGGUCUUCUCAGGACAGUUAGAAAGACGAUGUGUGUUAAUGCUCAAGACUUAUCUUCACUCUCUUCUGCUGCAAAAUCCAAGGAAUUAAGACAGUGUACUUUUUCUGAAAGCUUUACCUAAUAAGGCGUAGUGUGUCAAUUGUUGUUGCUACAUUGAUUUUAAAUAAGAUUACUUUGGUUUAAAAAUAACUCUUUUAUUUGGCAACCAGAUGCCAUUCUUUUGCAAUUGCUAUUAGGAUUCUAAAUACAACAGCCUGAUUGUUUUUGGCAUUUAAAAGUGUUGUAGAACCAUAGAGCUUAGUCAUGCAAGAACAUGAAUGCACCACACUGAUAUUUUUGUGUUGUUCAUCUUAUCUUAGUGUAAAUCUCAUGAAAACGAAAUUAGAUCCAGAAGGACUAGGAAUCAUAUUACUAGGUCCCUUUCUUCAAGAAUUUUUCCCUGAGCAGGUAAUGUAACCCCUUCUUUCUAUUCUUGCAUUAGGGCAUUUUUAAACAAAUGUGGGUCAGUGAUGCAUUCACCAUUCUGUAGUUAAUAUACAUUAUGGCUGCAUUUGGAUGAUCGUAUCUUGGCUUAAUAAGUCAAGCUAGGAAUGAUCCAUAUAUCCACGCAUGCAACCUCUUCAUGCAGCUGCUUCAGUCCUCCCUUCAUAAGCCAGCAAAGAAACCAGGAACUCUCCCAUUAACUAUAGUUUCUUGUUUCAUUCAAAGUGGAGAAAGGUAGGUCAAUGAUAUUAACCUAUGACUUGAAAGUAACUGUCUUGUGUGUUCUCUUAGGAGUCCAAGGUUCAAGAAUCAUUCACUGUAUACCACUACAAUGGAUUGAAGCAAUCUAAUUACAAUGAAAAGGUAUGGCAGCAGUGACUUCUCAUAUACCUAAUUAGGCAGCUGCCUGUUAUAGCAGAUAUCCCAUGGACAUAAGUUGGGUUCAGCCUAUUUCUAAGUGGGCAUUCCACAGUGUGAUAAAACCACCACUUACCAUUUGGCUGGUGACACAUGUUCCUAGAAAAAAAAGAACAAAUAGAAAACUACGGAAAUGCAAAUGAUUACGGAGGCAUUUGGAAAUGUCAGUGUUUUGUCACCAGUUCUCUCCGCCAAAUAAGAAGCGAAUUUAGAAUUAUGAAAUUUUUAAUAACUGUGCUUCAGAAUGUCAAGAAAAGAGUUGGGGGAGGGUACCAGGCAGUUGUUGCACUAAUCACUAAAACAAUUUUCCAGCUUUGCUUUAUUUAAAACAUAAAUUAUUACGGAACUAGCUUUUAUUAUAUGGAAUAAUCUGUUUUGUGUCCAUCGCUGUAGGGUUUUCUCACCCAUUUCAGUUUAGGUGCCUAGAGAUAUGGUUCCCAUCCCAUCUUAUAUUGUAAACUAUGUAGUGUUCCCUGUGUAGGCGCACUGAGUGAAAAAACAGGCCCAGGGAGAUUUCUGCAGAUUUAGGUGGAUCCCCGAGAUGUGCACAACUGUGUUGGGUUUUUUUAAAAGACUCCCCACCUGCUCGUUCCAAAAUUAAUGGAGGUGGAGAAUUCCACAUGCUGCCUCUGCAUGUUGGCAGCAGAGCAAGCUCAGUCAGACGAAGGGCUAAGAGUUUAGGUGUCUCUUCCUUCCCUACACCCUGUCCUCAAGGCCCCAUGUUCCAUCACCCCAUAAGAGACUAAUAAACUAAAGACCAAGCUGGUUCUAGAGUCCCUCUUAUAUCCUUUCUUCAUGUAUGCUUCUGGUUAAUAGUGAACGUGUAGUACGGCACAAAAACGUAAGAGUUCUAUGAGUGUUUCAUUUCAUCUUGUUAAUAAGGUGCAGAAGAUUUAAAUUGAUUUGAACCUUUGCUCUCGAAGUGAUCUUUUAAAAAUAGAAUGGCUUGGUUUUUGGUCUUUAAAAUAACGUGGUAUUUCUUUGGAACAGGAGAUUAAAUAAGAUAAUUACAUUUUCACAGGUCAUGUACGUCGAAGGCACAGCAGUGAUUAUGGGCUUUGAAGACCCAAUGCUACAAACUGAUGAUACUCCAGUCAAGCGCUGUUUGCAGACUAAAUGGCCAUACAUAGAACUACUCUGGACCACAGAUCGAUCCCCUUCGUUAAAUUGAUGCUAAGAAAAGACCAUGUACUUAUAAAUAUCCAACAUUUUGAAUGAGGGUUGGGUAGGCAGCUGCCUUUAUUUAAAAAAAAACAAGCAAACUAUACUUUUGAUUGCGUGGCUAUACACUGGUGUCACCGAGAAACUGUAAAUAAACACUUUUCAGUGUUGAUUAGACUAUUUAAUUUUUUUAACAAUUGGAUUGAUUUGUAUUAUACCAACUAGUUCCUCUUUGGCCAUUGUAGUACAGUUAUUGUGAGUUCUCACCCAGAGCCUCCUUGUUCAGCCCAAAAAUAACCUGGAAAAUGGUCUAGUAGUGCAGUAUCUGCAUAUUAGAUGAAAUUGGUCUUAAACAUCAUCAUAGUAUUCACCCGUUUACACAUUUGUUUGGCCAUAUGUUUUAUUUGGAUCAUUCUGCCUUAGGGCACAACCCAUCAGGAAAUUCCCAUACAUGUACCCCACUAAAAAGGAUGGAUGAGAGCUGUGCAAGAGCAUGGUAGCUUUUACCCAGUUCUCAGGGCUUAUUCAAGGCAGCUGUUGGGUGGGUUUUGGCAUACACUGCAGUAUCACAACUUUGGGACUAGAUUGGCAUUUGCACUGAAUAUGUUUAGAUGAGUUAAAUUUCUGCUGCUCUCUUCUAGAAAUCUUAAGACUCAUCUACAUGGCUUUGCACAAACAGCAAAAAAAAUGAUGUGGGGUAUUUUUUGUUUUUAAAAUGGCUAAUUAUAAAUGAUUAAUGCUAUUUAUUGGCAGUUGUAUUGUUCCCAGAAUUUACAUAUUUGGCACACUGAAAGUCAAAGCAAGAUUUAAGAAGAAUAGAAUAAUAAUAAUAUUUGAUAUUGUAUAAAGGAAAUAUAAUAAGCCUUAACAGCAGAGAGAAUUUGUGCUGCGAUUUUUGAAGCUGUUCAUGUUAUUAUUGCCAAAUACCUCUUCUCAACAUGUCCUAACAAAAAACAUAAGCCAGCACUAUUGUAUGUGUUACAUGCAUGAAAACAUCUGUUAUUCAAGUAGUAUAGUCCAUUAUUUAUUCUCUAGCAGGGCUUAAUAAAAAUCUACCCAAAUAGUGAACUAGUGAUUUUUGCCUCCUUACCUAUCAAAUUUGGUCAUUUUUAUUUGUUAUUUUUUAAUGUCAUAGAGUAACUCUAUGGCUAUUGAGUAAUGGUAUAUUAUACUUUAGUCAAGGCUACCCUGUUUUUCAGAAUGUUAAGGAAAGGUGUUGUGUGGCCUUCAGAGUGAUACAUCGUGCCCAUUGAUGUUCUCAUCUCCUUCCACUUCCACCUGAAGUUCCUGUGUUUCAAGGCUUCUCUGUUCACUUCAGUGGUAGAGGCAGCAUCACAUGCAUGGAGCUCUUCACAGAAAUUCCUUGGCCCAAAUGCCAUUGAUGUCGCACAGAAUUUUUAUUUUGAAACGCACACACUUCAGGCAUAUUCUAAUGAAUUUGGGAGUAAAGAAUCUUGUUUUUCCUUUCAAUAAAUGGGCUACUUUGCCCUAGCAAAAAUAUUCAGACAUCCAUCACUAUAAUGCAACCUGAUUCACUAUUCUUAUCCUCUCCUCAGUCCUUGCUUUAGUCCACCAGAAGAGGCAGAAAUGUGCAUCUUCUCAAAUACAAAACGUUCUUGCCAAUCUAUGCAGCUAUUCUGUAGAAAUAAGUGCUAUUAAAAGGAGCCUGUACUACUGAUAAACACUUUUCCAAAUAGUAUUUUUUCAAAAGGCCAGAACUGUUUGAAAAGGUGAGAUGGUAACUUGCAGAUUUUUUAAAAAAAAAUCAAUGUUGCUGUACUCUGGCAAAUACAAAAUAACUACAGUGGUGCCCCGCAAGACGAAUGCCUCGCAAGACGGAAAACCUGCUAGACGAAAGGGUUUUCCGUUUUGGAGGUGCUUCGCAAAACGAAUUUCCUAUGGGCUUGCUUCGCAAGACGAAAAUGUCUUGCGAGUUCCUGCGGGUUUUUUUUCCUCCCCCCUUCUCCCCAAGCCACUAAGCCGCUUAUCAGCUGAUCCGCUAAGCCGCUUAACAGCUGAUCGCUAAGCCGCUUAACAGCUGAUCCGUUAAGCCACUAAGCCGCUUAUCAGCUGAUCCACUAAGCCCGCUAAGCCACUAAUAGCGCUAAUCCGCUAAUCCGCUAAUGGGCUUGCUUCGCAAGACGAAAAAACCGCAAGACGAAGAGACUCGCGGAACGGAUUCUUUUCGUCUUGCGAGGCACCACUGUAUUAGAAGCAUGUGUUACGCUGCUCUUGGCUUGCAGUUAUUUUCUCCAAAAAGAGAUGGCUAGAAAUGCUUGGACUGCAGGAGAAAAGGCAUAUUACUGAAGGUUACAAAUGCACACAAAUGUACUAUUAUGCAGGAGUCAUAUGUCUAGGAAGGUCUAGCAUGUGCUUUAGUAGCAGUAAAAUGCUGUUGAAACCAAGUUGUUCCAGUUCGUUAUUAAAAGUUUGUAACCCGC